AUGAUCGUGGUAUUGCAAGGUCCAGCGACUGGAGAGUGCCGGGUUUGUCGAUUUGCUGUGAUGACACUAAACACAUUCUUCUUCCUGACCAUCCUCGUCUGGGUCCAAACAUCCUUAAUCAUAGACAUGGCGCCAUCUGUGGUCCCGCAGUCUUCGGCAGGCGGUGCUGCUUUGCAGGCAUCUGCCGAUGACCAGCUCACCAUCGAGAUGCUCGGCGCAGGCCAAGAGGUCGGUCGCUCCUGCUGCGUCCUCAAGUACAAGGGCAAAACCAUCGUCUGCGAUACGGGCGUCCAUCCUGCCUUCACCGGAAUCGCUGCGCUACCCUUCAUCGACGAGCUCGACUGGUCGACAGUCGAUGCCAUCCUCAUCACACACUUCCACCUCGACCAUGCAGCCGCUCUCACCUACAUCAUGGAAAAGACCAACUUUCGCGAUGGCCACGGCAAGGUCUACAUGACGCAUCCCACAAAGGCCGUCUAUCGCUUCCUCAUGUCCGACUUUGUCCGUAUCAGCAACGCUGGUAAUGACGACAAUCUCUUUGACGAAAACGAGAUGCUGGCUUCGUGGCGUCAGAUUGAAGCCGUCGAUUUCCACCAGGACGUCUCGAUUGCAGGUGGUCUUCGCUUCACCGCCUACCACGCAGGCCACGUGCUCGGAGCGUGUAUGUUCCUCAUCGAAAUCGCUGGUCUACGCAUCCUCUAUACGGGUGACUUCAGCCGCGAGGAGGAUCGGCACCUCGUUCAGGCCGAGAUCCCACCCGUCAAGCCAGACGUGCUCAUUUGCGAAUCCACCUACGGCACGCAGACCCACGAGCCUCGUCUCGAUAAGGAGCAUCGCUUCACUUCGCAGAUACACCACAUCAUCAAGCGCGGCGGUCGCGUCCUCUUGCCCGUCUUUGUGCUCGGCAGAGCUCAGGAGCUGCUGUUGCUCUUGGACGAAUACUGGGCUGCCCAUCCCGAGCUUCACAGCGUACCCAUCUACUACGCAUCGGCACUGGCCAAAAAGUGCAUCUCGGUCUACCAGACCUACAUCCACACCAUGAACGACCACAUUCGCACGCGAUUCAAUCGUCGCGAUAACCCAUUCGUGUUCAAGCACAUCUCCAACCUUCGAUCGCUCGAAAAAUUUGAGGAUCGAGGUCCUUGCGUCAUGAUGGCAUCGCCCGGAUUCAUGCAAUCGGGAGUCUCGCGCGAGCUCCUCGAGAGGUGGGCGCCGGACAAGCGCAACGGCCUCAUCGUAUCGGGAUACUCGGUCGAAGGUACCAUGGCACGCAACAUUCUCAACGAGCCCGACGACAUUAUUGGCAUGAACGGUCAAAAGAUCCCACGCCGCAUGUCGGUCGACUACAUCUCCUUUUCUGCGCAUGUCGACUUUGCUCAGAACUCGCGCUUCAUCGAUGAGAUCAAGGCGCAGCACAUCGUUCUGGUGCACGGCGAGCAGAACAACAUGUCCAAGCUUCGGGCCGCGUUGCAAGCACGCUUCACGGCGCGUGGCUCGGACACCAAGAUUCACACGCCGCGGAACUGCGAGCCGCUCGUGUUGCAGUUUCGCGCACAACGCACCGCCAAGGCGAUCGGCGCCAUUGCUGCGAAACCGCCGGCGCAGGGCGACGUCGUCGACGGUCUGCUCAUCAGCAAGGAUUUCGCGUAUACCAUUCUCGACCCCAAGGAUCUGACCGAUUUCACCGGUCUGUCGACGAGCACCAUCGUUCAACGUCAGCGCGUGGCGCUCGCCGUGAGCUGGGAGAUGGUGCGGUGGCAUCUGCAGGGCAUGUACGGUCGACUUCAAGAGGGUGUGGAUGCGGAAGAAGGGUUGCGAACGCUACGCAUCAUGGGUUCGGUGGAUGUGCGGCAGAGCGCGCGUCACGAGCUGUUGGUCGAGUGGGUGAGCAGUAUCGCCAACGACAUGGUGGCGGAUAGCAUUGUCGCGCUGCUGUUAGGCAUCGACAGUGCGCCUUCGAGUGUCAAGAUGACCAUGCACAGCCACAGUCAUCAUCACGCUGCGGAUGGCAAGGCGGAAGGAUCGGAGGAGGAUACGGAAGCGGAAGCAACAACAGAUGAAGAGGCGCUCACACCUAAAGAGGGCGGUACAGGCUUGUCGGUGCAUCCGUUCUCAGAACAGGGCCUGUUGGAGGAUAGCGAGGCGAAGGCAAAAAGUUCGAAAGACGACGAGGUUCGGGGGGAUGCGUACCAGCUGGCAAAGAUGGAGCAUAUGGCUGCUUUCCUCGAAGCGCAUUUCGGACAAGUGGAAGAGCUGGUGAUACCCGAAGCACACAGCAGCGAACAGGUCGAUCAAGUCGAAGCGGAGGGCUCAGUGCAGGCUGAAUCACGAGAAGGGAAAGGUGAUGACGCAGCAGACACGGACAUGCAGGCAAUCAAGCCAGCCCCGGACUCGGACGACGCUGUUGCCGAUGCAGACGUUGAAGCCGAAGCCGCUGCGCCAGAAGCUUCCCCUGCCUCCCCACCAGUCUCGAUUGCCUCUCUUUUCGACGGCACACCACGCCCAGCGCUCCGGGUGUUCCUGGACGAAGCGGAAGCAGUGAUCGACGUGGAGAACCUCGUGAUCCUCGCCUCGUCCGAAUCCUUCCGAACGCGCGUCCAGCAUCUGUGUACGCUUGCCCUGCGUUCCUUCACCUCGCUCUCGGACGCUUUCCACCUUCCGCAGCAGAUGGGCACGUCGCUGUUCCAGGGCAAGCACAGUCAGCUGGCUAGCAUUCCAGAGUUCGGCGACGAAAGACCGGCGAAGAUGAUUCGAUCUUCCUAG